UUGUUGCAGUCCUCAAGAGAAAACGGCAGGCAUGGAAAAACUUCAAGAAAAACUUGAAGAAAAACAGUCUUCUGAAGGAGAAAGUGAUUCUCUCGAUAGCAGCAAGACGAGCAUGGACUGGAACUGCUCUCACAUCUCUGCCGCUGAGGAAGACUUGAUUCUUAGACUUCAUAGGCUUUUGGGUGACAGGUGGUCACUGAUUGCAGGGAGGCUUCCAUGGCGUACAAGAGAGGAGAUAGAAAAGUAUUGGAGAAUGAGAAGCCUGAGUGUCAAUACCAGUGAAAGCAGCGACUGACUGACUGAUUGAUGAAUAUUAUGUGAAGUGUUGCUGUUGUUUUUUGUACUAAGACUGGUGUCUAGAUUUUGUACCAGUAAAUGAUAUAGGCAAAUAUUUAGGAGGCACUCAUGUGAAGGAAUCGUCUGCAAACAAACCAUCCCUGACAAUUAUAAUAUUGUCAGAAGUUUCAUUUUCAGAUUAAAACUAAGUGUUCUGUACUUUCAUCUGUGCUCUAUUAUGGCUUUAAAAUGACAAAAGUUUUCAUGGAAAAUGCUUGAUGAAAACAAGUGCCUUAAAAUAUAAGUAAUCUAGAUAUGUUAAUGGCAUUAACAUGCGAUGGAGGAUUAAAAAGGUACUGGCAAUCAGAUGUUAAAGAAGAUGCUUGUUAUGAAGAUUUAAACAGUAAUGACAUUGAGCUGUCAAUUUUUUUAGUCAC